GCUUGACUCUGUGUCUGUGAGUAGGGCGCGCGCGCGCGUUUGCCAGAAACGUCGACGUUGGCAUCGGCUUCGGCAUCGGCAUCGGCAUCGGCAUCGACGCUUAUUGCCAACGACAUCGCACGCUGCAGUCGCGUCGCAGUCGCCGCCUGCAACGUUUGUUUGCGCCUAAUAAACACUCGGCAGUGCUUUUUGUGCUGACUUUAGAUUUUAGUUUUGCUGAUACCGUAAGAGAUAAAUGACGUGCCGCGGCUGACAGCAAAGCAAAAAGCAAAAAGCUAAAAGCUAAAUAAAGCGAGACACAGCAGCAGCAACAGCAGCAGCAGCAGCAGCACAACAGCCAAGCAAAAUACGUUGUUGUUGUUGCCGGACUUUUACGUUCUACUUUGUACGUUUUACGUGUUUCCGUAUGCGCGCUACGCGUUGCGUGUGACAAAAUGUGUCCAACUGCAGUCGCCGCCAACUGCAGCAGAAUUAGUGCAAAAUUACCUCAAAUCUAUUAAGUUUAAACACCUGAAUAAAUGAAUAACAUGUGCAACGUGUAGAGAGAGAGUGUAGAAGAGAGAGAGAGAGGGAGAGAACCUGUGAGUGUGUUUUGUUUGUUUGCCUAUAGAAACUGAUAAAAAUGAUAAUGGUGCAACAUUUGGUGGCCGCCACGGCACAUAAUUUUGCAACGGCGGCACUCACAACAGCCUCAUCAUCAUCAUCGGCAUCAUCAUCCUCGUCAUUAUCGUCAUCAUCGUCGUCGUCGUCCAGUUCGAGCUCCUCUUCGCUGCUGUCGCUAUCAUCCGCCUGCUCCGCCUCCUCGGCAUCCGCCUCGCCGGCCGCAUCGCCAACAGCUGCGGCAUGUGCCACGCCCACGCCCACGCCUGUCGCCUCGCCGACGCCCGAAACAGCGAGCCUAGCUAAGGAUGCGGAGGAACUAACAAAAACAGCUAUCGAAGGUGCCAUAGAGAUAAUCAAGUCAGAGCAACACAGUCCAAUACCUGCGCCCAGCAUAAGUCCAGCUGCAACACCAGCAACAGCAGCAGCACCAGCAGCWACAUUGCCAGCAGCAGCAGCAGCAACAGCGACAGCAGCAGAAGUUGCAACAGCAGCAGCUGCCGCCGCAGCAGAAGUUGCAAGCGAAGUUAAGAAGGAGCAGACAGCAGUCGAGGCUGCUGAGGAGGACUCUGAGCACAUUGCAACAGAUUGCCGAGAGUUCAAAGUGCUCUACAAUCAUCUGCGACAGCAACAACAGCAGCAGCAGCAGCAACAGCAACAAUCCGAGCAACCUCUUCACGCCGAGCCAGAUAAAACACGCAGCACCUUGGAUGAUGUCUCAAAGAUACUCUGGGAACGCAAGCAGCAGUUGCAGCGGGGCAGCGUCAUCACCAGCAGCAAUGAGUUGCAUGUACAACAGCAGCAACAUGAACAGCAGCACCAACAGCAUCAGCAACAGCAGCAGCAGCAGCAGCAAAUGAGCGACAUCGAGGAUGAGGAAACGCUCGAGGAGGACGCCGAUGCGGACAUCGAAGCGGAUGCCGAUGACGAGGAGCUGUUGGAGCUGCAAUACCAAAAUGGCUAUGACUCACCCUUGGAUCUCUCGCUGAGCAGUGCUGCCACAGCGACAGCGAAUGCAGCCAGUGCCGCAGCAGCAGCAGCAGCGGGUGCUGCUGCGUCGGCGACUCCUGUGGCAGGCAGCAGGAGGCGUGGCCACGCCUACUCGGGCAGUGAAUCCGAUGAGGAAGCGUCAACAACAACAGCGCAUUGCGAGCGAACGAGGAUGCGACUGAAGCCGGCGGAACGAUCGGCGGCCUACAAGAAGAGCUUGAUGAAGCGCUACUAUACUGAAAUUCCUAUUGUCAAACAAUCAACCAGUCCGUCACCUCAUCAACAACAGCAGCAGCAACAGCAGCAACAACAACAUCAGCAGCAGCAGCAACACCUGCAGCAGAGCCAACAGCAGCAAGCUUUUGGCGUUGCAAGCACAUUGCUGCACAUUAAAACCGAACAGAAUGCGCUCUUAACACCACUACAGCAACAGCAUAGCUUACAGAGCAGCAACAAUGCGCAUCAGCAGCAGCAGCAACAACAACAGCAGCAACAACAGCAGCAGCAGCAACAACCUUUGGCCAUCCCACAUCGGCCGCUGCUGCAUAAUUUGCUCAGCGGUGGUUCAAUUCACAAUCCACAUCACAGAAAUUACACGACGGCUACAACAGGUUCAUUUCCGCCCAGUCCCGCGGACAGCGGCGUCUCCGACGUCGACAGCUCCAGUUCCGGUGGGCAGCCAUGCGCCGACGAGUUGAAGGCGCGUUUGGGCAUGCCCACAACGGCAGCAACAUCGGCGGCUGCAGCAGCCACCCACUCGGCGGCGGCAGCGGCAGCAGCGGCGGCAGCAGCAGCCGCGCACCUGCAUACGGGCACAUUUCUGCAUCCGAAUUUAUAUCAGAACAAUGCGGCGAAUUCGUUGCGGAAUAUUUGGAAUCGAAGUGUUGGGGUGCCCGAUAAUUAUUAUGGC